UCACUAUCAAACGAAGAUCAGAAACCAAACCCAAGGUAAAAAAAAAAAAUGGAGAUUCAACCUGAGAAGCGUGAGUCAGCACCAUCAAAUGAUGAUUCUUUGAACGAUUGGCUUCCCAUUACUAAAUCCAGAAACGCUAAAUGGUGGUACUCUGCUUUUCACAAUGUCACCGCCAUGGUUGGAGCUGGUGUUUUGGGUCUCCCUUAUGCUUGUUCUUUACUUGGAUGGGGACCUGGAGUUGCUAUAAUGGUAUUGUCAUGGGUUAUCACUUUUUAUACACUAUGGCAAAUGGUUGAGAUGCAUGAGAUGGUUCCUGGAAAGCGUUUUGACCGGUACCAUGAGUUGGGCCAGUAUGCGUUUGGAGAAAAGCUUGGGCUUUGGGUUGUGGUGCCCUUGCAACUGAUGUGUGAAGUCGGUGUUGACAUCGUUUAUGUUGUUACCGGGGGGACAUCGAUGAAGAAGAUUUACAACGUGUUGUACCCUGAUGGCAAAGAGAUUCGAUCAACAUGGUUUUACGUGGCGUUCGGAGCUCUUCACUUUUUCCUCUCCCAUCUCCCCAGUUUCAAUUCCAUCACUGCCAUCUCCUUUUUUGCUGCUUUGAUGUCUCUAAGCUAUUCAACCAUUGCUUGGGUAGCUUCAGUUCGAAAAGGGGUUCAGCCAACCGUGAGUUAUGGUCCGAGGAGUGCUACACCAAAGGCUCAAGUGUUUGAUUUCUUCAGUGGAUUGGGAGAUGUAGCUUUUGCUUUUGCCGGUCAUAAUGUGGUAUUGGAGAUACAAGCAACGAUCCCAUCGACACCCGGAAAGCCAUCCAAAGGACCAAUGUGGAAAGGGGUAGUUAUAGCUUAUCUCGUUGUCGCAGCAUGUUAUUUUCCGGUUGCCUUUUGCGGUUACUUGGUGUUUGGAAACCAAGUCGAGGACAACGUCCUAGUUUCGCUAGAAAAACCGGCUUACCUCAUUGUAGCAGCCAAUGCGUUCGUUCUCGUUCAUGUCAUUGGAAGUUACCAAGUCUUUGCGAUGCCAGUUUUUGACAUGAUGGAAUCAUUUCUAGUGAAACAAAUGCAUUUCAAGCCAAGUUUGAUGCUUCGGACCAUUACACGAACUUCUUACGUUUUAUUUACAAUGCUAGUAGCAAUAACGUUACCUUUCUUUGGUGGGUUACUAAGUUUCCUUGGAGGAUUUUGUUUUGCCCCAACAUCUUACUACAUCCCUUGCAUCAUAUGGCUUGUUAUCUACAAACCAAAGAGAUUCAGCUUGUCAUGGUUCGCAAACUAUAUUUGCAUUGGUAUUGGGUUGAUUUUGACGAUUUUGGGACCAAUAGGAGGAAUGAUUUCUCUCAUUCAUUCAUCGCAGACCUUCAAAUUUUUCUCUUAGAUUAUGUUUGUUACCUUCAUAUUGUACUCUUAGAUUAAGUUUGUUUUGUCGUUGGGUUUUUCUUUUUACAUUCAAACCCUUCCCUUUUUUUUUUUUAA